AGAGUAGACGGACAUUAAACAAGCGAAGAAGAGAACCCAAGAGCUGUCAACAAAAGCUCUCCUGAAAAUGCUGCUGUCAACCCGAAUAAUAACGAGCUAAACUUUUACCAUUGACCACUAAAAUCGAACAGUAUCUUAUUUUAAUGACCAUUUUACUAGAAUCUCACAAUGGCAGAUGGAAACACUCUUUCCGGUGUAAAUGUUGUGCUUGUUAUGGCCUACGGCAGUUUGGUGUUUGUGCUGUUGUUCAUCUUUGUGAAGAGACAGAUUAUGCGCUUCGCUGUGAAGUCUCGCAGAGGACCGCACGUGCCGCUGGGUCACAACGCACCAAAGGAGCUGAAAGAGGAGAUCGAUUCCUGUUUGUCAAAAGUGAAUGACAUUCGUUAUGAGCCAAAUCUACUCUCUAAAGAUGACGAUCGACUGAAGCAUCAAGGCCAGAAUGGGUGUUAUAAUUAUCUCUUCAGAAUGCAAGCGUUAGAUGCCAUCAGAGACUCUGAUAUCCCGUCUCGUGAGUUGGGUUGCAGUGCCAGCGCUCUGAUCGGCCGCCGCUACAGAAACUGGCUACAGGACCUGCGAAACUCUCACUCUCUGUUCAAGUCAAAUAACAGUUCACUAAUAGAUCGCUUGCUGGAUGGCUACGACAGCGCUCGCCAUGGGACAGGGGUGUUUGGUGAGGCAGAGUUUGUGAAGUAUAAGGAAGAUCUUUCUGAACUGGCUGCUCUUGUAAAGACCCACUCCAGCACCACCAGUCUAAACCAGCAGCACCAGUCAGCAGCUAAAGAUCUGACCAGCUCUCCCGGGCCUUCGUUUGCCUCUACCAUUCAGGUCACGUACCUGCCGUCCACCGGACAGCGCAGCAAGAGGCCCAAACACUUCUUGGAGCUCAAAAACUUUAAAGACAACUAUAAUACGCUAGAAAGCACACUUUAGAGAAUGAAACCCAAUUGAGGAACUGUAUUCAUUGCACACUGGAAACUCCUUUAUGUAGAAACGAAAACCUCAAAUCACAUAAUGACUGUGAGAAUGACUUAAUAUAUCUGAGGGAUACACGUCAAUGCAGCUGUUUUGAGAGCAAUGCGAGAAUGUUG